AUGCGGCACGCCGUUUCCGUCACCCUCCUCUAUAUAUACCCCACAUCCUCUCCCCUUCUUCCUUCACCAAGACGCAAAAUUAACAAACACAUUCUCAAAGCUUUCUUCGACAUGGUGUUCACGAUGCUAAACUCACCCGCCGUCACCCUGGCGACUUUCGUCACCGUCCUAUUGGUCCUUGUUACGGCGUCGGAUGGGAGGGUUAUGAUGGUGGGGGAGAAGACGGACAUGGGAGACGUGAGGAGGAACAAGGAGGUGCAGGAGCUGGGGAGGUUUUCUGUGGACGAGUACAACGAGAGAGUCGGAGUAAACGGAGUCCUAGGAGGACGGAAGAAGAAGGUGGAGUUCAUGAAGGUGGUGGAGGCAAAGAAGCAGGUGGUGGUUGGGACGAAGUAUUACCUGAAGAUAUGGGCUGUGGAUGAGAAGGGACGUUACAGAGAGUUCGAUUCGGUGGUGGAAGUGAAGCCAUGGCUGACUCAGAAUGCUAAGCAGUUACUUAGCUUUGCUCCUUCUCAUACUAAAAGAGAUCAGAAAGUUAACGAUGAUGAAGAUGAUGAUGUUCUUAGUGAUGAAUCUGUGUUGAAUAAGAAGCUUGUCUCAAGUAUGUAG